AUGACGGCAAGGAAGCUCGUGUGGCUGGAGCAGAAUGAUCAAGGAGAUGUAGAGCAGAAUAAAGAAAGAGAAGAAAUAGGGAGCAGAUUGUAUAGGGCCAUCAAACAAUCAUCUACCAAAGUACAUAUUCCCAAGAAGGUACCUAACCCUAGAGGUUAUACAGCGAUUAUACCUCAUAUCAUGUGGCUACUUAGUGAAAUUCGAUUCCAGAUUGGAUUCCCACAAACGGGCAUCCUUCAGAACCUGUUGCCUAGCAACAAGCCCAUCGGACACUUCCUGAUCCCAAGCGGAGAAAAGCAACAAAUUCCUUCCUGGAAGCCAAGCUUGCGGAGCGAGGCCACCCCGCCCUGUCCCCGGUGCCCCCCAGAACAGGAUCCGGAACGGACGACGGCGUCCCGGGCGCCCUCCUUCCUUCCCUUCGCCGAGGAACGGGCGCGCGCGCCCCCGACGUGCGGCGCCACGGAACUGCCGGGCGCCCCCGAGCCCGGGCCUCUCGCCCCGCCCCCCGGGCUCGCGGCUGCCACGCCCCACCCGCCACCGCCCGCCCGCCCCCGAGCUCCCGGCCGCUCCGCCCCCGCCCCCGCCGUGGCUCCCCGGGCCUGCUCCGGCCCCGCCCCCUCCGCCGGGCCCGGAACUUGCCCCGCCUCCUCAGGCUUUCCUCACCGCCCGCGGGAGGCUCCGCGCCGCCGCUUCCCCGCGCCCGGCGCCCGCCCAGCUACCCCGGCGCAUCCCGCCUCCUCCCCGCCCCUCAGCGGCACUCGGAGCUCGCCCCGCCUCCGCCCUGCGCGCUCCGCCUCGGCCUCCCGCUGCUGCCCCGGCUCCCGCCGGCCGCCCGCCGACCCGUCUCCGUGGCGACGCUGCGUCCGGGGCGCCCCGCCCGGAACCCCGCGCGAGUGUGAGCCCUGCGGACCAGCGGUGUGA